CAAACUAUAUCUCCUUAAAACACCCUUUUAUGAUAAAUAAGAAAAAUAUGGAUCUAGGGUAUAAAUGAGGUGAUGAUGAGAGCAUAAGUCAUCUUGCCUCGCCGCCACAAAAGACAUGACUUAUUUGACCCACGUUUAUUAACUCUUCCAGGGUCCCAACAUAACGACCUGUCAACACCAUGGCGGCAUGGCCUUCUCUAUAUAUGCUUCCAAAACAUUAACCAAAAACAAAACAAUUUCAGUUACUUAAACACUAAAAUCAACUUAGCAUCCAAAUGGAUCCAUCGUACAACCCGUAUAAUUUCCACUACUCUUUACCAGUAAUCUCACCGGAAACCUACUUUAGCUCACCGGAAUACUCUCCAACAGUCGAAUCCCAAUAUUACUCACACUACUCCGACCACCAUCAUCUUCCAUUCAACGAAAACGACUCACAAGACAUGCUUCUGUAUGGGGUCAUUUCAGACUCAACCGGAGAAACCCAUUAUCCAGAACAGCAUGUAGAUGUUAAAGAUCAAGAAGAAAAGGAGUCGAGUUACCGAGGCGUGAGGCGGCGGCCGUGGGGAAAGUACGCAGCAGAGAUACGCGAUUCUACGCGAAACGGGAUCAGGGUUUGGUUGGGAACAUUUGACACUGCGGAGGCGGCUGCAGUGGCUUACGAUCAGGCUGCAUAUGCGUUGAGGGGAUCGGGGGCGGUUCUUAACUUUACAGCGGAGAUGGCGUAUGAAUCUUUGAAGGAAAUGGGGUAUGUUUAUGAAGAAGGUAGUUCACCGGUGCUGACGUUGAAACGGAUGCAUUCGGCGAACAGGAGGCGCGAGACCAAGACGAAGAAGAAGAGAGAGGUAGGGCAAGAUUCAAAGGGUGAAAAUGUUAUUGUGUUUGAAGAUUUGGGUGGUGAUUAUCUUGAACAGUUAUUAGGGUUUGAUGAUAAUUGUGGUAGUAGUAGUAAAAGUUGGUGAAACAAAAUAUGUAAUAUAUAUGUAUUUUGUAAACAUUUUUUUCAUAUUGGAACUUGAAUU